GCGUACCUUGGCACUUAAAAUUGAAUUGUGAAGACGCAAAAAUUAUUGAGGCGUCGUUUCCAACGUUUACUGAGAUCACAAAAAAUGCAAAGUUAGUGUACAAAAAUUGACAACCAAAAUUACAGUCGAUCUUUCAUAAACUGCAACUGCACUCGAGAUGGUUUGACUGUACAACGAAAAUUUUCAUUUUUUGUCUUGUUCUUGUACAAAUUUUCGUUGUUAUAUCAUGUAAACAGUAGUUUGAACGAUUGAGUAUCUGUCGCUGUACUUUUCCCUUUGUAGAAAAUUUAACUAGUAUUACUAUGAAGUGAAGAUACGGUACACAACUAAUCAGGUACAAUGCAACGUUAUCUUUGGCCCCACUUGUAAUAGCAAACAUUUACGAUGAGAGUAGUAAAACUGGUUUUACUUUCAUAAUGCAGCCAAAAGAAAGAAAAAUCUGUGUCUUCAAAACUAGACCUGUUUAAUGUAACCAAGUGAAUUUUGUAUAAGGUAGAAGAUGAUGAAAGAAACCCUUACUAAAGACAACAUCUCAAUCCUUCAAAACCAAAAAAAAAUUUCUACGAGCAGUGCGUUCUCUCAAAAUUGUCUAAGACCUAUAUUGAAAGCCCCCAUACAUCUUUACUCACAUGAGCGCGAUAAUGUGAAAAAAUUAAUUCAGUUAGACGCACUGGACUACAAUCCACUACAUGAUUAUACAUCAAAAACCCAUGUUCCGAUUGUGCAACAAAACAAGAGUAGUUUUUAUUACCGGUCAUUAACAGAAAGAGACUUAAAUCAAUGUCGUCAGCUUCAUAUAGAAUGGUUCCCGUUACUGUAUCAAGAUGACUUUUACCUAGCUAUAAGCCGGUACGAGGUAUUCAGUUUAGCGGCUGUUUAUAGACCUGUUCACGCGAAUGAAGAUAAAGAAUGCAUUCUGGGCAUUAUUCUUGCGUCACAACUAUGGGAAAGUCAUUUAAAACUCAGCGAUUUAGAAUAUUUACUUCACAAGGAAGACAUUAAGAAAAUUAUGUUAACGGAAAAAAGCGUCAAACAUGAUGAUACUUUCCAUAUCAACAAUGAAAUCCCGGCGGUUUAUAUUCUCUCUCUUGGUGUUGCACAAACAUUUGAAGGAUUAUCUAUAGGUGGUACUUUGUUAUCUCGAACUCUUGCAUUUUUUCAAUCGAAAACGUCUACAAUAAAGGUUUUUUAUCUUCAUGUUGCUUCUUAUAAUAAAAAAGCUUUAAAGUUUUAUGAAAAGCAUCAUUUCAAAUAUAUAACUCUUUUACAUAAUCACUACUUUAUUAACGGAUGUUUUGAAGACGGUUUUUUGUUUGCGUAUUUUCCCUCACAGACAAAUUCAUCAAGUGUUCCUAGUCUUUAUUUACGGCAACCUUCAUUAGCUUCCAAUUUCUUUCAACGUUUCUGUAAAAAAUUUCGCGUUAUGCUGUCUUUAAAAAAAUAACUCCAAUGUAUUCAAAUAAAUUUUUUGGUGAUAAAAAAAUCUAAUCCAAGUGUCUACUUUUUUCCAGCUUUACCU